CACGAGUUAUUUCUUGAAUACACUGUAGUCGAAGCCAGCGCUCUCGUACUCGAAGAUAUCGGAGCAUAUUUCGCAACUCCAUAAGUCCGUCAAGAUGGUCUUCAUCGUUUCUGCACUUUACAAGAAGACCGAGAACUUCAAGCUCGACUACUACAAGGACCACCACAUGCCUCUGGCCAUGGAGAGAUUCAAGCCAUUCGGCCUCAAGUCGUACAAAAUCCUCGAGCUCAACCCGGAAACAUCACAAGGUUAUGCCUUCCACACGAUCAUGGAAUGGGAGAACCAAGACGGCAUGAUGAAGGGCUUUGGCGAGCAUGGACAAGAGAUGAAGGACGACCUAGUCAACUUUUCGGAUGUCGAGCCUGUAGGACUCCUUGGGAAUCUGGUCAAGUCGGAGUCUCAAUAGACGACAAGGCUGGGUCUUGCAUAUACAUCCAAGAGUGUAUUUAUGCGCCUCAUACUUACCUUUCUGUAAAGAUCGACAAGACAUCCUGUUCCUGUCACAAUUACUUGCGUGACUCCUUCGAUUGAGAGCAGUGUUUUGCUUAGAACAGCGGUGAUGGAAUUGUGUACUCGAGUGCAUGGUAUU